AUGCCUUCCUUCACCGACCACAACGGGGACUCUGGUCCUGACAUUGAAGGAUUCCAACCAAUUUAUGGUACCGGUCUCAGCAUCUCGUCACUGCACAAGGUUCUCCAUGCGAACGGCAACGGCAGUCUCGCCAUUGCACCCGAUGCCAAAAAGCAACACCCUGCCCUAAACAGAAAGGCAACCGCUCGCCCACCACAUCAUCCCACAGCGCCUUUAAGCAGUCAAUCUAGUGCUAUAACUGAGUCUGGGUCUCGGGAUGAACAAGAAAUGAAAAACGGCGAAGAAGAUCCGCAGAAUACUCUUUUCCACCAGGUGUUGGAAUGGCUGCAACGUGAAAAGUCCAAGCGGAAGACCCCCAAAGCAAAAGCGCAGGCACAAACAGAGGGUUCGGGUAGUGAUGGCGAUGACGAGAACGAUGAAGAUGCUGGUAAUAGGGAGGGCGUCGUUCUGGAGAGAACGGUCUCGCAUGGCUACGAUAAUGUAUUUGCCCUAGACAAGCUGGAGAAGAUUCUCAUCCAGUAUGCUGCUUCGCGAGGGGAUGGCAACGGGCCUGUGUAUCCCACCAGGCGGUCUACACGUCGGCGCCAGGUGAAGGGUCUCCGGAGGGGCUCGGCCUCCGAGUCGGAUUACCUAGACGGGGACUCAGCUGCUCCGAGUGUGGAUGCAACAUUAGACAACUCUAAGACGCUCGCGUACAGCGGUGGUGGCGCAGAAGAUGAAAGCGAGGACGGUGCAAAUGCCAGGCGGGCCCUGGACCGAGAGGCUUGGUUAGUGUUCAAGACGGAGAUUGUACGUCUCGCGCACACGCUGCAGCUCAAGGGGUGGCGCAAGCUGCCGAUGGAACUCGCCGGCGAGGUAGGAGUAGUUCGUCUCAGCGGUGCCCUAACUAAUGCUGUGUACGUGGUCACGCCGCCUCAAAAUAUUCCUCCCCCCAGGGCUGAAGAUGGCUCCUACAGCCUUGUACCCAGAAAGCCCCCUCCGAAGCUCCUUCUACGGAUUUAUGGGCCCCAGGUGGAUCACCUCAUCGAUCGAGAAAAUGAAUUGCAGAUCCUGCGCCGUCUGGGGCGCAAGAACAUCGGCCCCCGAGUGCUGGGAACUUUCAAUAACGGCCGCUUCGAGGAGUUUUUUGAGGCCCGUCCUUUGAACCCGAAAGAGCUGCGCGAUCCUGGGACGAUGAAGCAGAUUGCAAAGCGCAUGAGAGAGCUGCAUGACGGCAUUGACUUGCUCGAUAAUGAGAGAGAAGGAGGCCCCAUGGUGUUCAAGAACUGGGACAAGUGGGUGGACCGGUGCGAGCAAGUUACCAAUUGGUUGGAUAAGGAGAUCCAGUCCAAACACAACGAUAUCAAAGCGGUUGCAGAGCCUUGGCGGCGCCGAGGCUUUGUCUGCGGUGUUCCGUGGCCUAUGUUCAGGAAAGCCGUUGAUAACUACCGGAAUCACCUCAUAAGCAGCUAUGGUGGCAUGCAGGAGAUCAAGCGUCAACUGGUCUUCGCCCAUAAUGAUACUCAAUAUGGUAAUCUCCUUCGGAUGGAACCUAGUUCUGAGUCACCGCUGCUUCGCCCCGAGAAUAAGCACAAGCAGCUCGUUGUUAUUGACUUCGAGUACGCAUCCGCGAAUACUCCUGGAUUCGAAUUCGCGAAUCAUUUUACUGAAUGGUGUUACAAUUAUCACGACCCAGAAAGGUCCUGGGCGUGCAACAACACCGGCUUCCCCACCUUGGAGCAGCAGCAUAGUUUCAUCAGUGCAUAUCUGACACAUCGCCCGGGCUUGGGCGUACGGUCUUCUCCCUCUAUCACUCCCCUGAUGCGGGCAGGGGAAUCUGCCAACAUCACAACACUCGCUCCUUUGGACCUCGAUGCGGGUCCCGAUGCGGACCAACAAAAUUUGGUCGAUGUCGAGAGGGCCCAGGAGGACCGGAUGGAAGCCGAAAUUCGAUCGUUGAUAAAGCAGGCUCGGCUCUGGCGAGUGUUCAACUCCGCGCAGUGGGUGGCCUGGGGCAUUGUACAGGCGAAGGUGCCAGGAAUGGAAGAGGGCAUUGCAGCCGACGCCGCGGCAAACGGUCAUCAGAACGGUGCCAAUGGCUCAGAGUCCGAGGGGACACCUUCAACGGUCUCUACACCGGACGCCGAUGCAGAGGAAACAGACGAGUUUGAUUACCUUGCUUAUGCGCAGGACCGAGCUCUGUUCUUCUGGGCAGAUCUGUUGGCGUUGAACCUCGUUCGAGAGGAGGAGCUGCCUGCGGCAAUGGUUCAACACAUCAAGCCCCGCAUGAUCGACUACUAA